GUCAACAAAAGUUUAAAUUGGAUUUAUAGAUGCUCUAUUUAUUAUUAUGUUUUCUGAAUGUAAUUUGGAAGAAAAAUGAUUCUAGUUACUUAAUUACUAAAUUUUUAUAUGAGACCUGAAGAUAAUGAGAACAUAUUUGUAGUAUGGCUAUAAUACAACGACGUUGGCGCCAUGCAUUAUUUUUAAACCUUGUUUUUAGGUUUGUUGUGGGUCUAUUGUUUAUUUAUGUUUACUGUGAAUAUAUUAUUUAUUACGUGACUCAAAUACAGUGUGAAUGGCCAGAACUCAACAAGGAGUAUACAGAGAAAGUGGAUACUGUUUAUGCUAUGGUGAUAGCUGAUACACAUUUGCUGGGAUCACGUAAUGGCCACUGGGUAGACAAAUGGAGAAGGGAGUGGCAGAUGCACAGAGCUUUUCAAACAGCUAUGACAUUGCAUAGACCUGAUGUUGUCUUUGUAUUAGGUGAUCUUUUUGAUGAAGGUAAAUGGUGUCCAGAAAAUGAGUUCAAUGAUUAUGUGGACAGAUUUUACAGAUUAUUUAAAGUACCUGAGGGGACACAAAUGUAUUCAGUUGUUGGAAACCAUGAUAUUGGUUUUCACUAUAGGAUAACACCUCACUUGGCGCGUCGCUUCGAGGCGAAACUGUCUUCCCCGCCAGUCAGCCUCAUCACCAUUAAGAACAACCAUUUUGUUCUCAUAAACUCGAUGGCGAUGGAGGGAGAUGGUUGCUCAUUAUGUUCAAGAGCAGUCGCUAAAUUAAACAGUAUAUCAGAUAUGUUGAGAUGUAGCAGUGGUUCUUCACUUUGUAGAAGUAAAACUAGAUUGGAGAAAUAUAGCAGACCAAUCAUAAUGCAGCACUAUCCGCUGUAUCGCGAGUCUGACAGCAUCUGCACGGAGCCCGACGCCGCACCUUUGCCGGAGCGCAACGCCUUGUUCGAGGAGCGUUGGAACUGCCUCUCGAAGGAGUCCACGGAGUACCUGGUCGAGAGCCUCCUCCCGCGGGCAGCGUUCGGAGGACACACACACCACAGUUGUGUGGUGAGACAUAGCUUUGUGCCCACCGCUGAUCAUAAGAUCGAGUUCGUUGAGUACACUGUACCGUCGUUUUCUUGGAGGAAUAGAUUGGAUCCGAAGUAUUACUUGUUAACAAUAACGCCCGAGGAAGUGAAGGUGUCGAAAUGCGGUUUGCCGCGGGAGAGGACGCUGCAGGCGACGGUCGUGCUGCUGGCCGCGGCUCUGCUCGUCUACCUCAAGCUGUACCACAACCGCGCCAAGAAGUACACAUACCAGAAACAUCUAUUCGGAAAGAAAGUUUGAAGGAAAGCAUCACUAGGACAGGAAGUGUUGUGAUAUGUCAAAACAAUUUUGUCCAAAGUUAUUUAAGUAAAUAAAAGAGUUGAGAACAAUAACAGUCUCAUUUAUUGAAAUCACU